CUCUCUCUCACUGGUGGAGUGGUGUGAAGUGAAGUAUCAGAUUCCGGCACCGGCUGCUCCAGAAGCUGGGAGGGCGAUGCAGGAAGGGCUCAGGUGCGUAGCUCUGAAUUCCUCUACAGACGCCAGAUGUCCUGCGCGGCGCUCGCGCGGUCGUGUUUCCGCCGCUGGCCAGAUGUGAGGGAAGAAGGCGUGAUUUACUGAGACUCUGAAUGGCGGGGUCGCUGCAUCCGCUGAGCGUGUGGAGCUGGUGCUGAUGGAUGCUCUUCGGUCGUCUCGCUCCCGCCACGCCAUGCUCGCUUCGUUAAACGUGCUCCCAGCACGCACCGCCAGCCGCUCCUAAUCCCCGCAGGCACGCGCGAACAUGGAUCAUCGCUCGUGGCGCGCGCCGCUUAUCCUGCUGCUGCCGGCGGCGCUCUUUUUCUCCCCGCGCGCGCUCGCCAGCCUCCACGAGCGCUCGGUGGUGCCCCGCGCGGCCGCGCGCUCCGUGGCCCGCAUGGACGGCGACGUGAUCAUCGGCGCGCUUUUCUCUGUGCACCACCAGCCGUCGGCCGAGCGUGUGGCCGAGCGCAAGUGCGGCGACGUGCGAGAGCAGUACGGCAUCCAGCGCGUGGAGGCCAUGUUCCACACCCUGGACCGUAUCAACGCCGACCCGCACCUGCUGCCCAACAUCAGCCUGGGCUGCGAGAUCCGGGACUCGUGCUGGCACUCCUCCGUGGCGCUCGAGCAGAGCAUCGAGUUCAUCCGCGACUCGCUCAUAUCCAUCCGGGACGACUCCAAGGAGGGAGCCAAGUGGUGCGUGGACGGGACCCCCUCCAGCCACCCGCCGCCCUCUAAGAAGCCCAUCGCGGGGGUGAUCGGACCCGGCUCCAGCUCCGUGGCCAUCCAGGUGCAGAACUUGCUGCAGCUCUUCAACAUCCCGCAGAUCGCCUACUCCGCCACCAGCAUCGACCUCAGCGACAAGACCCUCUUCAAGUACUUCCUGAGGGUCGUGCCCUCAGACACGCUGCAGGCGCGAGCCAUGCUGGACAUUGUUAAACACUACAACUGGACCUACGUCUCCGCCGUGCACACCGAGGGUAACUACGGGGAAAGUGGCAUGGAAGCAUUUAAGGAACUAGCAGCAGAGGAAGGGCUGUGUAUUGCCCACUCUGACAAAAUCUACAGCAAUGCUGGUGAGAAGCACUUUGACCGUCUGCUGAGGAAGCUGCGAGAGCGCCUUCCUAAAGCCCGUGUGGUGAUCUGCUUCUGUGAGGGCAUGACCGUACGGAGCCUCCUGAUGGCCAUGCGGCGGCGAGGUGUUUCCGGAGAGUUCUUGCUCAUUGGAAGUGAUGGAUGGGCGGACCGUGAUGAGGUGGUGGAGGGAUACGAGCAGGAAGCCGAUGGAGGAAUAACUAUGAAGCUGCAGACAGAGGAAGUGAAGUCAUUUAACGACUAUUUUCUGAAGCUGCAUUUGGACACCAACACAAGGAACCCGUGGUUCGCAGAGUUCUGGCAGUAUCGCUUCCAAUGUCGUAUACCUGGGCACCCUCAGGAGAACACUAACUACCAAAAAGUCUGCACAGGAAACGAGAGCCUGAAGGACAACUAUGUCCAGGACAGCAAGAUGGGCUUUGUGAUCAAUGCCAUCUAUGCCAUGGCUCAUGGACUGCAUGACAUGCACCGAGAGAUGUGCCCAAACCACGAGGGCCUGUGUGAAGCCAUGGACCCUAUUGAUGGCAGCAAGCUCCUGGACUACCUGCUCAAGACCUCCUUCUCUGGCAUCUCUGGAGAGGAGGUGUACUUUGACGAAAAUGGAGACUCUCCUGGCAGGUAUGACAUUAUGAAUCUGCAGUAUGUGGAGGAGCUGGGUCGCUAUGACUACAUCAAUGUGGGCUCAUGGCAUGAGGGUCUCCUGAUGAUCGAGGAUUACAAGCUCAUGACCAACCGCAGUGAGAUGGUGCGCUCUGUCUGCAGCGAUCCCUGCUCCAAGGGCCAGAUCAAGGUAAUUCGGAAAGGGGAGGUGAGCUGCUGCUGGAUCUGCACUACCUGCAAGGAUAACGAGUAUGUGCAGGAUGAGUUCACCUGCAAGGCUUGUGAUCUUGGCUGGUGGCCUGAUGAUGAACUUGCAGGGUGUCAGCCUCUACCUCUCAAAUACCUGGAGUGGAGCAGUGUGGAGUCCAUCGUUGCUGUUGUGUUCUCCUGCCUUGGAAUCCUAGUGACGCUCUUCGUCACCUUUGUCUUCAUCCAAUACCGAGACACUCCAGUGGUCAAGUCGUCCAGCCGCGAGCUGUGCUACAUCAUCCUGGCGGGUAUCUUCAUGGGCUACAUCUGUCCUUUCACUCUCAUCGCCCGGCCCACUGUGAUUUCCUGCUACCUGCAGCGCCUCCUGGUGGGUCUCUCAUCAGCCAUGUGCUACUCAGCCCUGGUGACCAAAACCAACCGCAUAGCUCGCAUCUUGGCUGGCAGCAAGAAGAAGAUCUGUACACGCAAGCCACGCUUCAUGAGUGCCUGGGCACAAGUGGUCAUCGCCUUUAUCCUCAUCAGUAUGCAGCUUACCCUGGAGGUCACUCUGAUUGUCCUGGAGCCUCCAGAGCCCAUCAAGAGUUACCCCAGCAUACGUGAGGUCUACCUCAUCUGCAACACUAGUAACGUGGGCAUGAUUGCACCACUGGGCUACAACGGCCUGCUCAUCAUGAGCUGCACCUACUAUGCCUUUAAGACACGCAAUGUGCCAGCCAACUUCAAUGAAGCCAAGUACAUCGCCUUCACCAUGUACACCACUUGCAUCAUCUGGCUGGCCUUUGUACCCAUCUACUUCGGCUCCAAUUACAAGAUCAUCACCACCUCCUUCUCGGUCAGCCUGAGUGUUACCGUGGCCCUAGGCUGCAUGUUCACACCCAAGAUGUACAUCAUCAUAGCCAAGCCAGAACGCAACGUGCGCAGCGCCUUCACUACAUCGGACGUGGUGCGCAUGCAUGUCGGUGAUGGCAAGGCAGCUGCAGCCGCCUGCCAGAGCAACAGCUUUCUCAACAUGUUCCGGAGAAAGAAGACCAACAACAAUGCCACCAGCAGCACCAAUCCUAAUGGAAAGUCUGUGUCAUGGUCUGAAUCAGGUGCCCGGCCCCAGGGGAGGGGGUCGAGUGUGUUCCACAGACUGUCUGUGCAUGUGAGGAGGCAAGCGGUCGGUCAGAGUCAGACGGCGGUCAUACGACCCCUAACUAAUGCCUCGCAAGCCCCCAACCCCGAGUACCAACCAGGCCUCGACACAGACCGCAACGGCUCGCAAUCCGAAGACAAGUCUCUCUACAACCUCAGUGAGGAGGACGACGAAGGGGGACGGCGCCCAAGGAACCUAAACGGAACGGCUCAGGAUGGAAUGGAGCCAGCCCUGUAUUCGCCCGCUCGCCUGAUGGACCGUGCUGCUGACCAUCUGGAGGGGGGGCGGGUGGACACGCUGAGCUCUAAUGUCACUGCUUUCGAUGAAUCAAUAACUGCUACAGGCAACAGAGUGAGCCCUGCCUACAACCCGUUAGCCAGUCAGCUACCUCUGCCCCUACAUGGCGAGAUGUUGUCUGAGGAGGGAUCCGACGUGGAGGCACUCGACCUCAUUCAUGGCUUCCUCUACGAUAGCACUGUACAAGAGGAGGAGGAGGAGGAAGAGGAAGGUGGAGAGGGGGAGUUAGCCCAGAGCAAGCUUACUCUCCUCACUCCUCCCUCACCUUUCAGGGACUCGCUACGAUCAGGUGGUUCCACACCGGGAUCCCCUGCCUCCGACAAUGACCCAAAUGCCCCCAAGGAAGUGACCUAUGCUCUCAAACAGAGCUCUUUUACACUGUGAGGGCAGUUGCUCAGGACACAGGAAACAGCUGGCUCCCACUUUUAUUCAUUUGUCUCUUUUCUUCUCAAUCAAUCUGCUAAUCGUUUACCUGGGUUUCUCUACAACUCUAUACUUUUGUCAAGAAUAUAACAUUUCAGAAAGACAAAAAAAAACUAUGAAGGCAUACAAACGGAAUGUCCGGUUGGGAUUAUUUUUCUCAAAGGUGGUUCCAGCUGCCUCUGUUUUUCAUUAUAUGUGGGAAACUUGGAGCGCCAAAACACAAAGCUGUUGCUGUGCCAAAACCCCACUGGCUAACGUUGUAUAAUCUAAAGAUUACAGACUAAGAGUCUAAAUACCUGUUUGCUGCUUCGGUAUGUCAAUGUCUGUAUGAACACGGACAAAAGGAGACAAUUGGGACCUUGGGACUAUGCCAUGUGUGUAUGACAAUGUAGCUUCACGUCAUUGAUGAUUUGCUGAAAAAUAAUGAUGGAGCUAAAGGAUUUUUCAGUAUUCAGUGCAAAUAUGGACAUUCAAAACACGUAGAGCAUACAGACUAAUGUAGACAGGUGUUUCAGAUAGAAGUUCACCCUUGCACAUCAGAGCUGCAGUCAUGAUCUGUAAGAUUAAGGCUGUUAAGAUAUGACAAAUCUCAGUGUCUGGCAGAAUCAACAGUAACUACUUUUAUAAAUCAUUGGAGGAAAAAAUUUAGUUGUCCACAACAAUGGGUUAGGAAAGGGACCAUCUUAUGUUCUUGGCUGAUCUCAAGAGAACAAGUACUAGACUCCCGCUCUGAUGCAGCCAGCUCCAUGCACACACGAGGCAUGCAUAAAGAACAUUGUGCAUCCAGUUAUUUCUGGCUAUAAAUGAGAAAUAUGCUGUGGAACGUGCCAACUGUGAACACUUCCUUCCCUGACCCAGGACAACCUGUAAACCUGGAUUUCCAAACAGUGAUUGGAGUCAAAUAGUAAUGUUAGCACUUGCUUGGGGAGCUAUGUAGAUGAGAGAAUUGAUUGUAUUGUUAAGCAAGUAGUUGAAAUGCAAUUUUAGACUAAACAAGGAGUUUUUUCUGUUGCCAAGGUCAUUACAAAAAAAUGGAACGCUGUUUUGCUGUUCUUGACAAGUCUAUUUUUUUGUCUCAUGAGAAAGUUCAUCCUUGAACAUGAUGAAACAAUUUGUUUUUCAAAUGUUUGUAUACUGUUCAGCCAUCAGUUGUUUUUUUCCACACAGAUGGUGUCUUUGUAUUACUGCUAAAUGUUUCUAUGACUAGAAUGUUGAGGAGAUUUCUAAGGUUUAAAAGCGUCUUAUUAACUCCCUCUUUGUGUAAAGGGGAUGUAUAUUAUAUGGAACCUGGGAUACCUUCAGAUACUUUUACAAACCAUCAGUAUUCUCUUUGAAAUUCAAACUUUUUAAGCUUUAUUUAUGGGUAGUUGCUUCUAGUGGUAACUCGUAGCAUUUACCAGUAAAUCUUGUGUAGGAUUAUGAAUUUGCAACUGUAACUGCUUAAUUUACUUCGUAAAUUUCAAAUAGUACUAUUAGACUGCAACUCUCUCAAAAUAAACUUUAAACAGCCAAUAUUAAGUAUUGUAUUAAGUACUGUAAAUUGUAAUAUUAAGUCUUUUUGUGCAAGGUGUUUGGAGUUGAAUCAUUUGUUAAAUGUAAAAUGUAACUGACAUAGCGACUACCUGUUUACAUGGUCAAACUUAUAAAGUUUCUUUCUACUCUCUGUUUCUUUUUUUGCGAGGAAAAACCAUGCUUUAAAAUAAAUAUUUUGUAACGAGUUGUGUCUUAGCUGUCUUAGCUUUCUGACUGAACUAGAUCACUCUCACACCAUUAUUUUUUUAGUGCUAACAUAGAAAGAAAAAGACAAACUGGCAUUUUAGAAAAUCGUUAUUUCCCCCCUGUAGUAUAGAAACAAAGAUACACCCCGAUACAUUUUGUCACAAACCGUUUUUCCUCUGUAUCCUCUAAAUUACGUUACUUAAAAGCUAAGUUAUUUAGCCUUUAAUAUAUGGCAUUGCUACAUAUUGAUAAUAUUAGUAUUAUGAACUGAAUUGACACCCUAAGACCAGUGACCUAAUCCAUGCUAUGUGAAUGUGUUGUAGUUAAAUAUAGCAGGAGUUGUUACACAAUACUGUUAAGGAUUAUAGUGUAAAGUAUAUGCACUGGUAAUUCCAUACUUUGGAUGUAAUGUUAUUUGUGUCUCAACUACUAAACAACCUUGUAAUUUCUUUA